AUCCAUGUGAGGGAGCGUGUUGUGUGUGCGUGAGGCAGAGUGAUCAAUCGCUCCUUCUCCGUCUCUGCGGCGUGGGAGGCGUCUGUCAAACGGACCCGUGGAGAGUCCUCUCUGUCCGUCCGAGUGGAGGACACUACACACCGUCGCCAGUUCAGAGCAGCUGAAGUUUGGAGCCUGUAAAGUCGGUGUUGCUCUUCGGGGGGGAUACUCCGCUGCCAUCCGGGAAGACCCAUCACAUUGUGUGCUGAAAGGAAGUUGAAGCAAACAGCUGGGUGCGUGUAAUCUGGGAGCCGAACCGAGCCGCCAUGGACGCGCUGAUGAAGGGUUUCUCCAAAGCCAAGGAUGGGGUCGUGGCAGCGGCGGAGAAAACCAAGCAGGGAGUGACUGGAGCGGCUGAGAUGACGAAGGAUGGGGUUAUGUAUGUUGGUACUAAAACAAAGGAUGGAGUCUCCACAGUCGCUGAAAAAACUGUGUCUGGAGUGUCUCAUGUGGGCGGAGCUGUGGUUACCGGGGUUACGGCUGUGGCCCAGAAAACUGUGGAAGGAGCGGGCAACAUCGCCGCUGCCACUGGAUUGGUCAAGAAGGAUCCAGCCAAACAAGGUGAGGAUGUCUCAGCAGUACCAGAUGCAGUGGAAUCACCGAUCGAUACUGACUCCACUGAACCUACAGAGGAGGACUCCGACGACUGAGCGGCUCGACGGCUCCACAGUCGAAGCAAAAUGACCCAAACAUUCCAUGUCGCUCUGCCAAGUCCCGUCGUGCCUCGUCUCUGGUCCGUCUUGGAGUCUGUGCUUGGCGUCUGUGCGUUUCUGUGCGUGCCGUUCUGUAUGUCUUUGCAGUGAAUGUCUUGUAGGGAGACAGAGUGAUGUUGUGCGAGUGUGCUGGCGCGUCCUGCGUCCCGGGCGGCGGCUCAGGUGUGUGUGUUCUGUGACCAGCUGUCGUUUACAGUGACUCCCUCCCACUGAGAAGGCCACCUGAUCCCAGAGUGUGGGUGUGCGCGCGUGUGUGUCUGUCCACUGUCAGCUGGUUGGCUGCGUCCGUAACACAAACAUGGAAGUAUACCACAAUCUACAAACACCUAAGUGUCUCUAUAUAAAGGAACAAUUCACACAGAUCUGUUUGAGAUGGAUGCAUAAUGAUAUUCUCUAUUUUGUUGUGUAUUUUGUCAUUGUUUUUUUGCAAUGAGUACUAUAAAGUACUGGGCUGUUUGUGCAUUCAUGUUGUAUUUUAUAGCAUGUAAAAGUAAUAUUCAGCUUCACUGCUGUAUCAUGAAUUUAUUUGGAUUCAAACGUUGAAUAAAAUAUGUAAAGUGUGGGAUUAUGCUCUUGGAAGUCCCGUGUGAGCAAGUCAGUGUGGCGAAUUAAGUAUUUACAAAACAAAUGUGUGUUUGUGAAUCACAUUUCUGUUUCAACUCCUGAUUUCCUAAAUGAAAACAGACUUAGUCACAAUUUGAUUUCAAUUUGUUGUCAAACAACAACAGGUUCUUACAUAAAACUCAUUAGUUUUUUUUGUUUUUUUUACAUUAAGUUUGAGGUAAAAAUUUUAUUUAAUGUAGAUUAAUAUAUGUGUAAUAUAUUCACAUUAUAUGUGUUUAAAUUCACCUAAAUCUCCAGAGUAAUAUUUUAAAGGGUAAAUAAACUUGAACGGAAACAAAUAAGACUGAACAGGGAAGUAAAAUUAUCUCGUAAACAAGCACAGUGAGGAUAAGGAGGUUAAGAGGAACAAACCCUCCAAGCUCACCAUUUCUAAUUUUGAGUCUAUUCUACUUCAACAAAAAAUGAACUCAUUUUGAGAGAGUUUACACAUAUUAAGGGUAAUGGUUUAAGACACUAUAACAACAACAGAUGGCUAUGUGUAAUCCCAAUGACUUUGUGUCACUUUGUGUAUGAUUUGUUUUUAACAUUCAUAACUUAUUUUGUCAAAUUGCAAUCAGAACUGUUUCAAAACUAAUCAAACUGUACAAUAUGUUUGAAUAAGCUGGAGAUGCCCCAGAUUGGGCGAUCAGAAACUAAGUGGAGGAUGUUUAUCAGAAAUAUCAUUCAAUUUAACAAUAAUUUAGAAUAGAAUAAUUCCACUACAAUCUCUGCAGAAGAUGAAAAUUACUGUCAAAAACUUGUGAAGUAAAAACUAUGAAAAUA